AUGGAGCAAGACAUUAUUUUUCCUUUUUCUUUGCAUGAUGUUGCAGCCACAGUGUCCAUGGACACGAGCACAAUGCCGAACGAAGCACACUGGUUGUUCGAUCAUAUACUUCAUGAAACAGACGUCUCCUUACUUGAUGUGGAAAAAGAAGAACUCUCUCCACAAGCUAUUUCAGGGAAUAUGAACAGACAGUCCGCGGACCUCUCUCUUUGCUUCGACCAAACACUCAACUUUCCAAUUGUUGGUCCUUCGUUGCUGACGCUCAGCACCGAGAAGGAUCUAGUUUUGAGCGAAAUAGACUCAUGGAUUGACCUUGCUCUUAAAGAUGUCCGUUCUGAAUUGGGAUUAAAAUGGAGUUCUCUUCAGGGAAAUGCAUGCCGCCAAACACACGACUUCAAACAAUUGUUUGGAGAGAAAUCAAUGCACUGUGUGGAAAGAAAUCAAACGCCACAGAUAUAUGCCUUCAAUCCUCAAAACUGGUGUUCCGAGACAACAGCCUCAAAUACCAAAACAGAGGUCGAAUUUUCUCAUGCAGGUUCCACACAUUCCAACGGUUCUUGCCAGUCGCAAACUCGGUUCGACUUUGGUAGUCCUUGCUCACAACAUUCAUCGAACGAUAGAAUUACACCGGUCAAAGCUUCAUUUUCUUCUCGUCCCAAGAGUGUUUCAUUCAUUCAUCUUUCUUCUCAACCUGGCGACAACACUCAAUUUACUUCAAAAGGAGGAGCCGAAUUAACUCAUCGACCCAUUCGAUUUGUCUAUUAUUUCGAUCAAGGUAAAUCCCAUUCUUGUAGAAAGGACAACAGCCUUCACCAAGUUAGAGGCAAAAUUCAAAAACCUAACAAUGGAAAAAAGAAACAGCACAAGAGGUCACUUCGUUUUAGUUCUAAUCAAUAUGAAGCUAUCAAGUACGAGAAUCAAGUGGAUGGAAGGAAUACAGUUCGUUUCGUCAAUUUCGUUCCACACUUUGAAGACUAUCUCCAAUAA